AUGGCUGCACCGUCAUCUUAUAAGGAUAGGAACUUUCUGGCGGUCAUUGGAGAUGAGGAUACAGUAACUGGGCUUCUACUGGCUGGAAUCGGUCAUGUAACGACCGGCGCAAAUGCCACUCGGAACUUCCUCGUUGUGGACCCGAAAAUAGAAAUCGAGAAAAUCGAAAAGGCGUUUGAUGAGAUGACGAGCCGUAAAGAUAUCGGUAUUUUGCUUAUCAACCAGCACGUUGCGGAGAGAAUACGAUAUAAAAUCGACAUGUACACAGCUGCGUUCCCUGCCGUCCUAGAGAUCCCGUCGAAAGACCACCCAUACGACCCGGAGAAGGAUAGCGUCUUGAAGAGGGUUAAGAAGUUAUUCGGGGAAUAG